AUGCAGAAUAGUAAUUUACUUCGUCUUUUCGAGGAUCUUUUGAUCACAUCGAAAAAUGUUGAAUAUAUUGAAUUACUCGAACGUAUUCAUAUUGAAAUAUCAAAUAUAUCAUCAUCGAUUCAAUUUGAACAAGUUCAUCAACAUAUUCCAUGGUCAAAUUUAUUUGAUUUACUUCGAACAAAUAAAAAUGAUGAAGUUGAACGUCUUCUAUGUGCAAUAAUGGAACAUUUUAUAAAUAAUCUAUCUAUUGAACAAAUAAUGACGAAUUUUCAUCCAUUAUUAAAUACUGGUCUUGAUAAUCAAACAGGUUUAUCUCAACGAGGAAAACUUUUAUGUUUAAAAGCAUUUGAAAAAUUAACUCGUUGUACAACAACUGAAUGUUUUUUUGUUAUACAAAAUUUAUUUCAAUAUUCUCAUAUAAAUGCACUACUUCAUCUUUUUCUUGAUAGUGAUGAACAAACAUUAUGGUUAAAAUCAAAAGAAAUUCUUGAACAAAUGAUUCAUACUGUUAGUCGUAUUGAUGAUAAAAAAAUAUUUGAAAAUUAUUUACAUGAAAAUUAUUUUCAUGAUAUUAAUAGACAAAUUUUACUUUCAUCAAAUAAACGUAAUGAAAUUGUUAAACUUCGUUUAUAUGAAUAUUUAAUUGAUUUAUGUUUAAUUGAUCCACGUAUUUAUGAACAUAUUACAGAAGAACAACAUUUACUUGAUCAAUUUUUAUAUGAUUGUACACAUAGUGAUACGGAUAUAUUAUAUUUGAUGAAUUGUUUAGAAUUAUUAACUGUAUUAACACAAAAAUCUCAUACAUUGACUUAUUUACAAAAUAAAACAAAUGUUAUUGAUCAUUAUCUACAUUUAUUAUUAUCAACAAAUGAUGAAAAUAGUUCAUAUGAUUUACUUAAACCAGGUUUUAUUAAAUUUUUUGGUUGUUAUUUACGUAAUUAUCUUGUUUUACUUGAAACGAAUACAUCAAUUAAUCAACAAAAUCAAUUACUUGAACGAUUUCUACCAAUUCUUUUUGAUAUUCUUCUUCAAUCUAGUUCAAGUCCUUACAUUGUUAUUGGUUUAGUUGGAUUCAUUGGUAAAACAUUAAAUGGAAAAGAAUAUUUUCUUUCAAAUGCUAAAUUCGGUGAUUUUAUUGAAAAAUUAGUUCAAAUGAUACGUUCAUCUCAAUCGGAUAUUCGUAUUCGUUGUCUUGCUUGUCUUGCUGAUUUAUUUCAUAUAUCAACAUAUAAUAGUUCAUCAUCAAAUGCUUGGUCUCUCACAGAACAAAUUUAUAAUUUAUGUAAUCGAGUAUUUUCUAUUUUACCGAUUAUUAUUCAAAUAGCUAAACAACCAUUUGUUGAUUUACGUCUUGCUGCUUAUCGAUGUUUAUUUGAAUUAACACGAUCACCAUGGGCAUUACGUGCUAUGAAUGCUGAACCUGGUUUUAUUGAAUUUAUUCUUAAUCGUUCAACAGAAAAAGAUAAAGAAGGAAAAGAAACAAAAUUUUCAAUAAUUCAAUCGAUUUGUCAAAAUAGUGAAGAAGCUAAAUUAGCAAUGGGAAAUGUUAACUAUUUAAAAUUCAGACGUUAUGUUAAUGAAGGAGUUUUUUAUGUUGAACCCGAGGCUAAUGUUGCUUUUGAUGGAUCGAACGAAUAA